AUGCAGGCGCGCUACUCCGUGUCCAGCCCCAACUCCCUGGGAGUGGUGCCCUACCUCGGCGGAGAGCAGAGCUACUACCGCGCGGCGGCGGCGGCGGCCGGGGGCGGCUACACCGCCAUGCCGGCCCCCAUGAGCGUGUACUCGCACCCGGCGCACGCCGAGCAGUACCCGGGCGGCAUGGCCCGCGCCUAUGGGCCCUACACGCCGCAGCCGCAGCCCAAGGACAUGGUGAAGCCUCCCUACAGCUACAUCGCGCUCAUCACCAUGGCCAUCCAGAACGCCCCGGACAAGAAGAUCACCCUCAACGGCAUCUACCAGUUCAUCAUGGACCGCUUCCCUUUCUAUCGGGACAAUAAACAAGGCUGGCAGAACAGCAUCCGCCACAACCUCUCGCUGAACGAGUGCUUCGUCAAGGUGCCCCGCGACGACAAGAAACCGGGCAAGGGCAGCUACUGGACGCUGGACCCGGACUCGUACAACAUGUUCGAGAACGGCAGCUUCCUGCGGCGGCGGCGGCGCUUCAAGAAGAAGGACGCGGUGAAGGACAAGGAGGAGAAGGACCGGCUGCACCUCAAGGAGCCGCCGCCGCCCGGCCGCCAACCCCCGCCUGCGCCGUCCGAGCAGGCCGACGGCGCCGCGCCCGGACCGCAGCCGCCGCCAGUGCGCAUCCAGGACAUCAAAACCGAGAACGGUACGUGCCCCUCGCCGCCCCAGCCCCUGUCCCCGGCCGCCGCCCUGGGCAGCGGCAGCGCCGCCGCGGUGCCUAAAAUCGAAAGCCCCGACAGCAGUAGCAGCAGCCUGUCGAGUGGGAGCAGCCCCCCGGGCAGCCUGCCUUCCGCGCGGCCGCUGAGCCUGGACGGCGCGGCGGGAGCCGGGACCUACCACUGCAACCUGCAGGCCAUGAGUCUGUACGCGGCCGGAGAGCGCGGCGGCCACUUGCAGGGCGCGCCGGGGGGCGCGGGCGGCUCGGCGGUGGACGACCCCCUGCCCGACUACUCUCUGCCCCCAGUCACCAGCAGCAGCUCCUCGUCCCUGAGUCACGGUGGCGGCGGCCAGGAGACCGGCCACCACCCUGCGGCCCACCAAGGCCGCCUCACCUCGUGGUACCUGAACCAGGCGGGCGGAGACCUGGGCCACUUGGCGAGCGCGGCGGCGGCGGCGGCGGCCGCGGGCUACCCGGGCCAGCAGCAGAACUUUCACUCUGUGCGGGAGAUGUUCGAGUCGCAGAGGAUCGGCUUGAACAACUCUCCGGUGAACGGGAAUAGUAGCUGUCAGAUGGCCUUCCCUUCCAGCCAGUCUCUGUACCGCACGUCCGGGGCUUUCGUCUACGACUGUAGCAAGUUUUGACACCCCCGCCCACCCCAAGUCGAACUGAAUCGAACCCUAAAGCAGGAACAGAAAAGAACCAUCAAUGCAAAAUCGAAACCAAAAAAAAAAAAAAAGAAAAAGAAAUCCAAUUUAAAAAAAAAAGAAAACCUCGAAAAACAUUCACCAAACCAGCGAACAGAAUCCCUCCAAAAAUUCAACUCACCAGCACAAAGAAAACUAUUUUCUGAAAAAAUUCAGAGCCACCUUCACUUUGCCUUAUCUAAAUAAACAAAACGGUAAACUAUUUUGUACAGAGACAGCAAAAUCAUGGUUUAUUAAAGGACAGUGUUACUCCAGAUAACACGUAAGUUUCUUCUUGCUUUUCAGAGAUCACGCUUUCCUCCUUUCUCUCCCAUUCCCCUGCCCUUCUCUUUCCUCCACCUCUCACCUGUAAGAUAUUUUAUCCUAUGUUGAAAGGAGGGGGAAAGUCCCCGUAUAUGAAAAUCGCUCUCUUUUUAUUCAUGGACUUGUUUUAAAAUGUAAAUUGCAAUAUAGUAAUUUAUUUUUAAUUUGUAGUUGGAUGUCGUGGACCAAACGCCAGAAAGUGUUUCCAAAACCUGACGUUAAAUUGCCUGAAACUUUAAAUUGUGCUUUUUUUUUCAUUAUAAAAAGGGAAACUGUAUUAAUCUUAUUCUAUCAUCUUUUUUUCUUUUUGUUGAACAUAUUCAUUGUUUUGUUUAUUAAUAAAUUACCAUUCAGUUUGAAUGAGAUCUAUAUGUCUGGAUACUUUAAUACAACCUUAAUUAUUAUAAGAAAAAAAUAUUUCAGAUUAAAACAUGAGAAAUGACCUAUUCUCCUCCUAAAUAGCUGAAAAAUGGAGAAACCCUCUGACUAUUCCUUGUCAAAUAAAAGUCUCUUUUUGUUUAGAUUUUUUUUUUUCCUGCAGCAUCUUCUGCAAAAUGUACUAUAUAGUCAGCUUGCUUUGUGGCUAGUCAAAAGAUAUUUUCCUAAACAGAUCUGAGUUGGCAUAUACACUAAUAUAUUUUUUUCAAGUAAGGACAGAACAUGAUCUGGAAAUUCUAAGCCCAUGAAUCAGCAGCAGUGUUACCACAGUGCUACCUGUGUGUAGAGAUAUGUGAAUGUUCCUCCAGAUAUACACAGAUGAAUAUUUGGCUUGUGUAUCACAUUAAAAAUCGUGAUGUCUGUUAUACAUACAUCCCCGUGAGCCAAAUGCUGGAUAGAUAUUUUGCCUAUUAAUUUCACUCCUUUGUAAGAGGAAAAAUAAACCAGUUUUUAAAUGUAUGUAUAUAAUUCAUCCACA